AUGGAUACAACAGAGCCAGACUAUCUUCUUAAGAUUGUCCUCAUUGGUGAUUCUGGUGUUGGUAAGACAAAUCUUCUCGCCAGAUUCACUCGUGAUCAAUUCAAUCCUGAAUCAAAGUCAACAAUCGGCGUCGAGUUCGCUUCAAAGACAAUGCAAAUUGAAGGCAAGACAAUUAAAGCCCAGAUUUGGGAUACUGCUGGUCAGGAGCGCUAUCGCGCAAUCACUUCUGCUUAUUAUCGUGGUGCAAUCGGCGCUCUCUUAUUGUAUGAUAUCACAGCCUCCCUUACAUUCAACUCGCUUGAGAAGUGGCUUAAGGAAUUGCGUGAGAAUGCAGACGAAAAAAUCAUUGUUAUGUUAGUUGGAAACAAAUGCGACUUAUCAGAGCAGCGCGCAGUUACAUCAGCCAAUGCUUUAGAGUUUGCUAAGGCCCAAAACUUACUUUUCAUUGAAACAUCUGCUCGUGAAGCAACAAAUGUUAAUGAAGCAUUCCAAACUCUCAUUUGCGAGAUCGUUAAUAAGCUUAACAAGCAGAAUGUUGCAGCCGAAGAGAAGGCCAAUGUCCAGGAAACUCCAAGACAAGGUGUUUCCAUCACUGCUACAAAGAGCCCAGAAGAGAAGAAGAAGGGAUGCUGCUGA